CAGAAUUUAAUGUCGGAGACAAGAGGACAAGGUACUGUACUGGGAUUCACGUGCAUCUCAAUUGUAUCCUUCCAAAAGGAUGUCUCUCAUGUCUGCCAUUGCAGCAGACGCUUAAAAGCUCACACACACGUGUCUUGCUCUUUUCCCUGCAUUGUCUCUGCCCCACCUCUCCUCUUACUAGAGAAUACAAUGCUCUUCUCUUCUUCCUUUGAAAUUUUUUUGUGAACCUUUUCUGCUUGCCAUAGACAUAGUCACCCCCCUUUCAAGAUAUGCAGCCUAGUUAUGGUGUACCGGACAUCCAUCGUCAGCAACAAAACCACCACCACCUCCAGCAGUUCAUUGAAAAUGAUGAUUGUUGCUCAUCAGUCUUACCCAUUUCCAAUCCAUCUCAAAAUUUAAAUCAUCCCUAUCAACCCCACCUACCACAACAAAAACAACCAGAAUAUAUAUUUUUGCAACAGCAGCAGAAUUCCAUUCCCAUUCUCCAUCAAUUGUUCCAGCAUCAGCAUCAACCCCAACAGCAAGAUUUUAGGCAAUUUCAAUCACAGGAAGAGAGAUUAUACUCACAAAUACGGCAUCAACAUCAGCAGGUCCAAGCCCAACCACCACAUCCUCCCUUUUUCUCUGUGAAAUUCAAGUUGGGACUCGACCAAAAUGGUGGCAACAAAGAGUGCGCUUUAAAUCAGCGAGAAGCUACUGAUUUUCUUAAUGGAAAUGAGCAUAAUCCUCCACAUGUGCCCCCAGUAAUGCCUCAUUGUUGGCAUCCCCAGGAAGAUUCUACGUCCAUCAAAGAACCUUUUUGGAAACCGCUCAGUAGAAGUAAAAAUAAGCAGCAGGAUGAAAAUGGCGAGCAAGAAGUUCAGAGAAAAAAAAAUGAGCGCUGUAAGUUCUUGGAUACACAGCAAAUUGAUGAAAGAAAUGAAAGGUGCAAGGAUUUGGAGAACAAAUACAGGCUCUUUGGCGAGCUCGAGGCUAUCUACAGCCUCGCGAAAGUCGGUGAAGCAAAUCAAACAGGUUCUGGGUCCGCUCUCACCGGAGAAACCUCUCCAACAAAUGCCGGUCUUUCAGUGCCAUUUAAUGCUGUUCACGGCCAAAAUGUUGGUGCUGGUAACGCUGGGAAUGGAAUUGAUCACGGUUCAGAGAACUCUAUUGGAGAGGAAGCUGCCUUGAGAAAGAGCCAAAAGAGGAUAAGAAAGAGGAAAAUGAAAAAGAAACUGAGUACCAUGGCUGAAUUCUUUGAGAACUUGGUGAAGCAGGUGAUGGAUCACCAAGAGAUUUUGCACAGGAAUUUCUUGGAAGUAAUCGAACGGAUGGAUAAAGAGAGAACAAAGAGAGAAGAAGCAUGGCGGUGCCAAGAAGCUGAAAAGUACAAUAGAGAAGCCGUUUCUAGAGCACACGAGCAGGCUCUAGCUUCAAGAAGAGAGGCUCAAAUUGUUUCAUACGUAGAAAAAAUCACAGGACAAAGCAUCGAUCUUCCCGCCAGAAAGACUCCAUUGUUGCUGCAACCAGAAAUUCCAGAAGAACCCACCAAACGAUUGACGCCUAUAAUAACUGACAACCAUAGCAGAUGGCCUGAAGCUGAAGUUGAGGCAUUGAUCCAAGUUAGGAGCAGCGUAGAGACAAAGUUUCAGGAACCUGGCUUAAAGGGUCCUCUAUGGGAAGAGGUAAGCUCUUUAAUGGCUUCCAUGGGUUAUCAAAGAAGUGCCAAGAGGUGCAAAGAGAAGUGGGAGAACAUCAACAAGUACUUUAGAAAAGCCAAAGAAAGUACAAAGAAGAGGUCUCAGCAGUCCAAAACGUGCUCUUAUUUUGACCAAUUGGAUCAGCUUUAUUCAAGAACUUUUAUUAACUCUCCUUUCAACAAUUCCUCUAGUAACGAGAUUGAGGUAGAAAAGCAAGGUCAUUCAGAGCUUCUAGAAGCCUUCAUUGCAGGGAAAGACAUUGCAACCUCAAUAAAUCCUUCUAGUGGGAACGUGAUAAUUGCAGAUAUGGGAUCUUCCAGAUUGGAAUUUGGUGGCAUUAUUAACGAGAAAGUAGAGCGAGGAAGCCAUGAACAAGAGAAAGAAAACCAUGAAGAUUAUUAUGACGAGAAGGGUGAAGAGGAUCGAAGUAUUGAUAGUGAUGAGGAAAUUGGAAAUUUUAGAUGAGUUUUAGAGGCAAAUGGUAUUGAAUUUCUUUCUUCUAGUCAUUUGAUUUCAAGCUUGUUAGUUUUUGCUCGAUAUGAAUGUUUUUAUUUUUUUAUUUUUUUGUUUUUGGGCUAUCAGUGACUUUGAACUCGUAUAGAUCGUUGUUUUGUUUGGGUUUGAAGCGAAAGGUCGACCAUUAUGGAGCCAAGAAUUCAUGUAGAUGACUGUAGGAAUUCUUGGUCAAAUUCAAGAAAAGAACAUUCAUGUGUUUUCAAGAGAAUCAAGGAAAAUCAAUGGAAAA